AUGGAGAUCUUCCAUCCCUUUCUCCUCAUCCUUGCUGUCCUGCUGGGAUCUCUUGCCCAGGAAGGUGGGUGCUGCGUUGAGCUGUAAAAGCAACCCAGGGGCGUGAGCUGGAAGGCUGGGGCACAUUUGUGAAAGUGGCUUUAGAGGAGAUAAGACAAAUUCAUGGAGUAGGAUGGGUCUAUCAAGGGCUAUUAGGCAUGACAUCUGGAAACAAAAUAUUGCAGCAAGGAGUGCAGCUUUUCACAGUUCCAACUCCUUCUUUCCACCCUUUCCACCGUCCCUUUAAAAAAAAAGCUUUUCUGUUUCUGAGUUGUUCUUCUGUUCUGCUUCCAUCUGUGAUUCAGGUUGUGUUCCCCAUAAUCUUUUACUGGGAAUAUAAAAGCAACUAUCACUCCCCCCCCCUCUUUUGACAGAAGCAGAUGGAAUUUGCAGGUAAUCGUUUCAGGCAAUACUUUCUACAAUUUGAAAUAUAGUGGUACCUUGGGUUACAUACGCUUCAGGUUACAUAUGCUUCAGGUUACAGACUCCGCUAACCCAGAAAUAUUACCUCGGGUUAAGAACUUUGCUUCAGGAUGAGAACAAAAAUCGUGUAGAGGCGGCGCAGUGGCAGCGGGAGGCCCCAUUAGCUAAAGUGGUGCUUCAGGUUAAGAACAGUUUCAGGUUAAGAACAGACCUCCAGAACGAAUUAAGUUCUUAACACGAGGUACUACUGUAUAGAUGUUUUCAAAACUUGUGCUGUCUCUUAAUUGGAAUCAGUUUGUCUCCCUUUUCUAUGAUAUUCUCUCGACUGGAGAUAUUCACAACAGAAUAGAAAAUCACCACCUACUAACUGUUUUAUUUCUUCUUAUGACCAAAAAAAGUCAUUAUAUACCUAAUUAAACUAUGGAGUUUGCUCCCACGAGAAGUAAUGAUGGCUUCCAGCAGCAGCAGCAGUUUUAUUAUUUAUACCCCACCCAUCUGACUGGGUUUCCAGGAGGGCUUUAAAAGAGAAGUAGAUGAACUCAUGGAGAAUGGCUAUUGUCAGGAGCCGGCCUGAGGAGGAAUGGUGGGAACCAAGAAGAGGAGGACAGUAUAGAUUUAGAACGGUGGUUUGCAGAAGGUCAUAGUUCAGAGACUGCAGAGGAGAGGAGCUGGGAAAUAUUGGGAGAGACAGCUAACAGACUCAGGGUCUCUUGAAAGCAUUCCCGACCCCCCCUCUCCCAGAACCAGGUGUGCCUUGAGGGUAGUAGAACAGAAAGCUCAGAGGCAGAAAGCACAGAUAAGCUGGUGCAGGAGCGACAUAGAAUAGGAGGGACUGAGGGAGGGGGACUUUACUUGGAGCAACAUCAUUAUCUAAGAGAGAUCGCAUCCCUUCGUCUCUCUCUGUGAAUGUUGAAUAAACUACCCGGUAAGAACUCUUCUGGUUUUUCUGCUUCUUGGCAUCCCACCGUGAGAGAGAUAGGAUUCCCUGAACCCUUGACAGCUAUCAAUGGUUACAAACCAUGAUGGCUUUGUCCUAUCUCCACUGGAUUACUGUAUUUUAAUAUUUUGUUGGAAGCUGCCCAGAGUGGCUGGGGAAGCCCAGCCAGAUGGGCAGGGUAUAAAUAAAUAAAUUAAUAAAUAAUAGGAGGUAGUCUGCCUUUGAAUGCCAGUUGCUGGGAAUCACAAGUACUGAGAGUGUCGUUGAGCCCAUGACAUGCGUGUGAGCUUUUCAUUGGUUGGCCACUGCAAGUACAUGAUGCUGAACUGGAUAGACGAUGUGGCCAACAUCCAGACUUCCUUCAGAUGAGGCACACGGAGAAACAGAGCCUAACAUAAAUAAUGGCACCGUCUUGGUGCCAUACUAAUCCUUGGAAAAAAAUGUCUGCUCCUUUUAAACUGUUCUCUUCCUCCACCCCCCAGAUCUUGAAAGGCAGGUCUUCAUAUUCCCGGAAUCAUCGGACACCAGCCACGUGGUUUUGAAGGCCACCUCACAGCAGCCUUUGACCAGCUUCACCAUCUGCCUGAGAUCCUACACGGACAUGACCCGGGCUCACACCCUAUUCUCUUACGCAACCAAGACGAGUGACAAUGAGAUCGUGGUCUUCAAAUCCAAAACCAAUGAGUACAGCCUUUAUGUGGGGACUGCAGAUGUGAUUUUCUUCUUCCCAGAAAAGCUGGUUUCCGAACCUAGCUGGGAGCAGAUCUGUAUGAGUUGGGAAUCUGACACAGGAUUAGUGGAGUUCUGGCUUGAUGGGCAACCUUUUCCCCGAAACGGUAUGAUGAAAGGUCAUGUUAUAAGUCCAGAGGCAUCGAUUGUCCUGGGGCAAGAUCAGGAUUCCUUUGGGGGUGGCUUUGAUAUCAACCAGUCCUUUGUAGGGGAGCUCACAGAUGUGUACAUGUGGGACCGGGUGCUGUCUGGGGACGAAAUGUGCCUUGUCUGGGACAACCAUGUUCCUUCCAACCCAAUAAUUAACUGGAGAUCGUUAAAUUAUGUCAUGAGAGGCUACACUGUUCUUAAGCCCUUCCUGUUUUCCAACUGUAGAGCUGAGUAG